AUCCGUUUUGGCGCCGAGCUAAAUAGAGCGGACCGAUUUGCGCUUUUUGUAGGAUGUAGAACUGUGCACCCGUGCACCAAAGAUUUUUAAUUUUUGAAUUCUCGAAAUUACACAAUCUUCAUGGAUAAGCAAACGGUACAAAAACGUAAUUUUAACAAUCUGGAACUGGAAGAUUCAGAUGUGGAAAAUGUAAGUGCAGUGUCCAACUCACAACCGGUAGCGAAGAAAGUGUGUUUGCAAAAGUCUGGCCAAGCCGGCAUUGACGAGGUGUUGAACGGAAUGGAUGAGCUAGAUGACGAUUUGGACGGUUUCUUUAAUGACGACGAUAAUUUCGAUUUAAAUCUGAUCGCGCUUGAAGAAGCAGAGAAAUUCACCUUAGAUCUAACAAACUGGAAGAGAUGCAAAAUAGUAUCUUUAUUAAACGACGCAGGUUCAGUGACAUUGGUGGUAGAGGACAAAGCUGCUAAAACAAAAGCCAAAUGUGUUUUGGAGCCCCCUUGGACAUCGGUGCCAUUGACUGAAGGUGGAACCGUUUCACUGAAAGCAUUGUUUGAUAGAAGUACAAACUGUUACCGUGUCAACGCUCAAGAAGGAAUGAUAGUCACGGAUCCUGACUAUCUGGUGUCGGGUACUACCGUGGUCGGGGCACUCUAUUGCCAUCGUCGUGGCGUUUUGCAGGAAAGGUUUCGAGGCGUGGAUACAGACAGUAAACUUAUGACUGUGGGUACCAUUGUGCAUGAAUUGCUCCAGAAAACUCUAGGAAACAAGAUAACGGACAUGGCUGGCAUUGUUGCUGCUGGACAGGAAUUACUCAAGUCGGAAGAUAUGGCCCAUGUGCUGUAUGCAUGUAAAAUGAGUCGAAUAGAGGCGGCAAAAGAGAUUGAACCAUUCUAUCCGAAAAUUCACGAUUUCAUCAGAAACCACGUGCAUCUGAAUGACCAGAAAACAUCGUCAUCAAAGCCAAAAUCAGACAUUGAGAUAUUCACCGUCGAAGAUAUUGAAGAGAACAUCUGGUGCCACCAGCUUGGUCUGAAGGGAAAGAUCGACGUGACGGUUACAGCGAAAUGCAGCGGUGAUUCGCAUGUGCAUCUGAUGCCGUUAGAGUUGAAAACCGGUCGAGCAAGCUUUUCUGCGGAGCAUAAGGGGCAGGUUGUUCUCUACGAAAUGAUGAUGAACAUUGUCGGUCAUCACGUGGAUAAGGGCAUCUUGCUGUAUUUGAGAGAAGGAAAAUGUGCAUCCGUUACGGGCAAUCGAAACAUGAAACGUGACUUGAUUAUGCUGCGCAACGAAGUAGCUCACUACCUGUCGCGUGGCAUACCCAACACCGAUAGCGCCCAGUUUGAUUUAGCCAAAGACAUUCUUCCUCUUCCGGAGCCACUGAAUAAUCAACAUGUCUGCUCCCGAUGUCCGUACAGCGUCAUUUGCACUGCCUAUUUGAGGCAUGAGAAACGAGAAUUUCCGAAUGGUCAUGCAAUCAAACUCAUUGCCGAAGAAUCUUUGAACCAUCUUAGUGACCGACAUAUCGAUUACUUCAUCCGAUGGGCUGGAUUGAUAUUUUUGGAGGAUGAAGAAGCUCGGAAAGGUUUUCAUAUCAAACAUCUGUGGACGAAAAGUGCCGAAGUAAGGCACUCAAUGGGUCGUGCCGCUAUCAAUUUACAUUUGAUAGGUCGAGCUUUCAAGUCAGAUGAUACCUAUUUCCACACAUUUUCGCUGGAUCCCGACAAGAAUGAUUCGUUGGUUGGAUCUCAAUCGCUAAACGCAUCCCAUCUAUCAGCCACCGACAAUUUGUCCGCAUUUUUCGACACGAAUGAGUACUUGAUAUGCAGCACUAAUAAGCGAAUAGCUGUUGCCUCAGGUCGUGUGGUAAGCGUAGGAAAGCGCCAAGUUACCCUAAGUCUAGAGCGGGAUCUCAGAAAACACUACGGGGAAGAAUUGUUCCAUUUGGAUAAAUAUGAGUCGCGCACGCAGAUAACAUUCAAUCUAACAAACGUGGGUGUGCUGUUAGACAAUACCGAACGUUCCGACAAACUGAGGCGGAUUAUAAUUGAUCAAGAAAAGCCAAUCUUCACCCGAACGGUGCCUGCCGCGAUAAGUGCUGAAGCGAAGCAAAUCUUGGCAAAACUUAACAAACACCAGAAAAUAGCGGUUUUGACAGCAGUCGGGACCAAAUCGUACUGCCUGUUCAAAGGACUGCCCGGAACGGGAAAAACUCAAACUGUGAUCGCACUUAUUCGACUACUGCUAGUCAUGAACAAAUCCAUUCUGAUCACCAGCAAUACACAUUCCGCCGUAGAUAACGUACUAUUGAGGCUCCUUCCAUACGGUAUCAAGUUUAUGCGCUUGGGGUCGACAUCUCGUAUCAAUCCAGGGUUGGCGGAAUACAGCGAAAAGCGGCUGACAGAGAACUGUUCGACUCCAGAGGAACUUGCUGCCGUAUAUAGCUCACAUCAAAUUGUCGGCGUAACAUGCCUUGGGUCCGAUCACCCGAUGCUUGUUCAAAGGACCUUCGAUUUCUGCAUCGUUGACGAGGCAACCCAAGUGUUCCAGAGUGCUGUUAUUCGACCGCUGCUGUCAUCGGAGAGAUUCGUGCUAAUAGGCGACCCAGAUCAGCUGCCGCCGGUCAUCAGAUCACGCAAAGCAAAGGACCUUGGUGCCGAUGAGAGCCUGUUCUUCCGACUGGACGCCGAACAAGCAUGUUGCGUUUUGCCCACACAAUAUCGUAUGAAUAAAAUCAUUACAAAACUGGCCAACGAUUUUUCCUACAAGGGAAAUUUGUUGUGCGCUACCGAUGAGGUAGCCAUUUCCUCGUUGAAGCUACCUGAACCGCAAAUUUUGCAGCAGAAACAUAGAUUAGAAAAAUGGCUCCUGAGGACUACGGCUUCUCAACUUGAGCUAUCGGUCAUACUCAUCAACACACUCAACACGUUCAACAGCAGUAUGAACUACAACGCAUCCCUGAAGCAAGAUGCCCAAGGAGCUGGGCGGGAAUCAGAAGAAGAACGGAAAGCGAUCUACGAAAACUAUUGUGAAGCUGCAAUUGUUUUCUACAUUAUCAUGGCACUUGUUGACUGCGGCAUCGAAGGAACUUCCAUUGGCGUGAUUGCACCGUUUAGAGCUCAAGUAGAUUUACUACGGAAUUAUCUGUCCAUGCUCAAACAGCUGUACGGCAACAAAGGUGAAGCAGGUAUUAGCAAAAACUUGGACAUCGAAAUCAACACCGUGGAUCAGUACCAGGGCAAAGAUAAAGAUAUUAUAAUAUACUCCUGUACAAAAUCAACCAAUCCAAAUAACGCCGAUAGCAACACCAACGCACCAAGUGAAUACGAAGUUCUCGAAGACCACAGAAGACUAACGGUGGCGAUAACUCGAGCCAAAAAGAAGUUAAUCCUAGUAGGCGAUACUCAAUGUCUCGAAAAAUAUACUCCAUUUAGAAAUUUGUUCAAAUGCAUCCCAUCGGCGGGAAAAAUAACUCUUAGAGAUAAGUGCUUCGGUUUCGACUGGGGCGCAGUAUUCAACACGCUCGACUCGUUGCAUGACUGUGAGGAAUAGGGAUUCGUCGGAGAACUAAGCGAAUAAAAUUGGUUUUCAAUCACUGCCAUGUA